GUCGUUCUCCGGGGUGAGGUAGAAAACCGUCUGAUCGGCGUCCAUCUUUGGAAUGCAUGAUUAACGAGAAAAAGAAGCUCGAACGAGCAGCUCAAGAAGCGCUUAAGUAUAUCUACGUGGAUUGCAGGCCAUGGAGAGGGAUACGGGGUCUGCGCUUAGCAAACAGCUUAAGCAAACAUCCUUUGUUCUAUCCUUCACUAUCCCCCCUAACUUAUCACCCAUCAACAUCCUUUGUUCUAUCCUUUGCCAUCCUUUGUUCUAUCCUUCACCAGCCCCCCUAACUUAUCGCCUAUUAAUAUCCUUUAUUCCCUCCUUCACCAUCCCCUCUAACUUAUCGCCAGCAACAGACCCUUUACUACCCUACGAUCCUUAACAGUCAAUUCCACGUCCAUUAUCAUUUCGAUGGCUCCACAGACGCGCGCAAAGCGCAGACUCAACAACACGCCAACACUACCUCCAUCCGUCGAGGCCGCCUCUGACGAUGUGCGCCCUCUAUCCAACGGCGACAACCUCAACGACAACGGUCACCCGGCUGACGACCCGCAAAGCAAGGAAAGAGAGACAUACUCUGCAUUAGUAUUGGGCAAGGAGAUGCUGGUACCACGAACUUACGAUCCUGAUACUUACGAUCCUGAUGCGCGAAUGCCGUGGACGCCCGAGCCAGAGCCCUAUGAUCCCGAAACCUAUUCGGCUUGGGGUAAGAAGCACUUCGGCGAAGAGUGGUACCAAUUGCGGAAGGCUAUGAUCGAGGAAAGGAUUCCCUAUGAUAAGUAUGAACCAGUGUACUUGGAACGCCAGCGAGCUCUGAGGGUGAUAGAGCAUAAGGUUGAAGGGCGGCCCUUCAAACCAUACACUCAGUUUGGGGGAGAGAAUCUCAAGGACCAAGGCUGGAAGCGCUUGUGGGCUCGAAUCUCCAACAACGAGUUAGGCGUUCCCAGCAGUCCUUCCCCGUCCCCGCCAUCUCUGCCACCUCCGCCACCAAGCGACAGCGAUAGCGACCUCAGCGCCGAGUCUCGCGAACCGACGCCUGUCCCGGCAGACCCAUGGGAACAACUAGAGUACAAGCGAACGCAUUGGGCCUUGACUGAGGAGCAGUACCUGUUCGAGAGGUUCUUCCUCAAGGAGGGCAUCAUAGACAGGGCCAGGUCGCGGCGUGAAAAUGAGCCGGGAAACAGGCAAGCCCGUGAGAAGCGCGAGCUAAUGGAAAGCUUUCGCUACGUGGAUCCUCCUCGGUUCUAUCUCGAACAGGACAACAUUCAAGACCAUAUCGACCUCCCCAAGAAGGGCUGGACGCGGGAAGAGAUCGUUGCUACGUAUGAAGCGCACGUGGCCAUACUUGAAUGGAAACGGAAGAACUCUCCACCAAGAGGAUCUGGUGAUUUCGGUGAGAAUAUAACCCCGGAAGAGGAAGCUGCAUCGGCCAGCUGGCACCAGGAGUUCCAUGACGCCUGGAAUCGCUUCUACGGAUCGCACCCUCCCGAAUUACCAGAGCAUACUAAGAAUUACGGUGUAUGGGAUCGCUGGCGCAAAGGUACCUACGCUCGCAUCUCCCGCCAGCGACAGCGAGAGGCCCUGCUGUCUGAUACUACGGGCGAUGCUGCAUCACGUGCAGAAGAGUUGCAAAGGAUUGAGGACGAAGAACGAAGAGACCGUGAGGCUCUAGAAAGGGCCAUUAAAAGGUCAACAGAAUUGACAGAAAAGGCAGAAAGAACGCGCCGCCUACCGCCACCUCAAACUCAGGAGGAAAUGAAUCAUAGGUUCCGUGUGUGGGAUGAACUCGACGUCCCUCUCAAGCACCAGAACAAUCGAGCUCGCGAAUAUGGUUUCGGCGAAAGAACCGCUGGGCGCGAAGUACCGCAGCCGCCAGCAACAGCUCCCCGAGCAGGCGCCAUAGGCGAUGCCCCGGGUACUCACAUGCAUGGCUUCAACGAAAGAUCCACCGAGCGCGAAGCAGUGGCGCAGUCGUCAGCAACGACACCUCAACCAGCGAAAGACACUCUUUGCAAAACUUAUGGUGGUCGGAUCACUAAGAAUACAUUGACGCACGCGGAAGCCUCGCCACGAACAGCACCCCAACGCCACAAUAGGCAGCGCAAGACGUACAAGAAGGAGCGGGCAAGUCGCAGGCUCGCGAAGAUGGAGCCUGAGUAUGGGAUGCUAGAGGAUGCUAGAGGAUGCUAGAAGGAGGUGAAACACGAUCCUCCUUGAGAUAACCAAGAUAGUGGGCGAAGACGCGUUGAUUAUGCAUUUUAUCGAGCUCGGUCUCGAGCUUAGUAGCCACGAUUAUUAUAGAAGGUCUCUCUGUUCCUCCUUCAAAACGUGACAUACUAAAAGC